AUGGGGUCUGCCUCUGGAAGUGCUUGGACUGAAGCAGCCAGAGAUGCUUUCAAAGACAUUUCCAGAUACUUCUCCAAGAAAGAAUGGACAGAGAUGGGAGACUGGGAGAAAACCCGAUACAGGAAUGUGAAAAGGAACUAUGAAGCCCUGGUCGCUAUAGGGAACACGACAUGUCUCAGAUCUCCUUGACCAGCUGUCAUGCGUCAUCACAGGCAGGCCACCAAGCCCCAGGUGGAUGACACUGAGGAUUCUGAUGAAGAAUGGACGCCCAGUCAGCAAGGCAAACCUUCUUGGGUGGCCUUCAGAGUGAAACGGAGUAAACACCAGAAGAUGUAUUUGAUAUCCUCUGUACAUUUCUACAUUUCCUCUUCCAAGCAGGCCCAGAAGCCAGUUUCCCCUCCUGGAAAAGCAAGUACCUCUGGACAUUACUCUAGACAAAAAAUGGAACUUGGGGGAGAGGAGACUGAAGGAAAGACGUAUAACCUACGAGAAAGAAAGGGCUGUGUGUACCAAGAGGUCAGCGAGCCCCAGGAUGACGACUACCUCUAUUGUGAGAAGUGUCAGAACGUCUUCAUUGACAGUUGUGCUGCUCAUGGGCCCGCUGUGUUUAUAAAGGACACUGCAGUGGACAAGGGACAUCCCAACCGCUCAGCCCUCACUCUGCCCCCUGGGCUGAAAAUCAGACCAUCGAGCAUCCCUGAGGCUGGGCUUGGAGUGUGGAAUGAAACAUCUUAUCUGCCAUUGGAUCUGCACUUUGGCCCCUAUGAGGGCCACAUCACAGAAGAUGAAGAGGCAGCCAACAGCGGGUAUUCCUGGCAGAUCACCACAGGGAGAAACUCCUGUUUUUACGUGGAUGGAAAGGACAAAUCUUGUGCCAAUUGGAUGAGGUACGUAAACUGCGCCAGGGACGACGAGGAGCAGAACCUGGUGGCCUUUCAGUAUCACAGUCAGAUCUUCUACAGAACGUGCCAGGUCGUCAGGCCGGGCUGUGAACUGCUGGUCUGGUAUGGAGAUGAGUAUGGCGAGGAGCUGGGCAUCGAGCAGGAAAGCAAGUGGAAGGGAGAGCUCACAGCAGAGAGAG